UAGUACUGCAGCAGUCGGUCUCGUUGUGUAACGGCGGCCUCCCGUUGCAUAUAAGACACACACGAUCGGCUCUUCCUCCGCAAAACCGCUCGCGAUGGUGUCGUAUUGUCACGAUCAACCGGUUAUCAUAACGUGGCCAGGUCUCUUAUUCUCAGUGAGCCGAAACCCCAUAACCGGAGCCCUGGCUACUUCGUUCAGUGCCUUCGAGUGAAUCUGACAGUGUAGAAAAAUCCGAAAGGAAUCACUGUUCCCACGUAUCCUUCGUCUUCACAAAGGACUCUCUGUGCGCGAUAUUAUAUAACGGAGCUUACAUGUCGUUUACAGAAUCCCUGAAGUGUCUCUCUCUAUGGGAGUCCUCAAGGUUUAUUAGUUAGAAUCGCGUUUUUUAAAAUCGUAAUUGAAACGUUAAAGGGAACGUAAAGGAUGCAGAGUUUUAGUCUUGUUCAUCGUUGAGAAUUUAUACAAUUUUUCAUGGUGAUCGAUGGCGAUCAUGGUUCUAUAAAUCGAAUUAGGAUCAUCGAUGAAUUAAUGGGUUUCUGUGGAUUUGGUUACCAGAGAGACUCGCCAGGAUGAUAUUUCACGAUACGGUUAGAAUGAAACAGAGCGUGGAAUAUCCCAUGCUACCGCUGAACAUAUCCAAGGAUUUGUGUCUGACUUGGAGGAACAUUUCGUACACUGUGCAAAAAAAGACGAACGGUGGUAGCCUUCGUGCAAUUUUCGGUCUCCAGAAUACCGAGUUCGUUCGACUCUUGAACGGAGUCAGUGGUAUAGUCCAUUCAGGGACGUUGAUGGCAAUUAUGGGACCAAGCGGCGCCGGGAAAACUACGUUGCUCGCGACGAUCAGCCGCCGUGUGAAAGGCGAAGCGACAGGUGACGUGCUAUUAAAUGGGAAACCUAUCGAUACUGGCCAGAUGAUAAGGAUAUCUGGAUUUGUUCCACAAAUGGACCUGGCAGUCGAAUCGUUGACAGUUCAGGAGCAUAUGGAAUUCAUGGCUUGCAUGAAAAUGGACAGGAGGAUCAGGGCGAACGUCAGGCGGCAACGUAUAAUGGGUCUGCUGGCGGAUCUCGGGCUGGGGAAAUGCACGACCACCAGACUCUCUGCCCUUUCCGGUGGCGAGAGGAAACGAGUCACGUUGGCCGUGCAAUUACUCACCGAACCGAGCAUACUCUUUUGCGACGAGCCGACGACGGGGUUGGACAGUUACGGGGCGAUGACGGUAGUGAGAACGCUUAGGGACGUCGCGGCCAGUGGAAGGAUAGUCGUGUGCUCGUUACAUCAACCGGCUUCCGGUCUGCUGGACAUAUUCCAUGAGGUUCUCCUGCUCUCCGGUGGCAGAGUCGCCUUCCAAGGCUCGUCCGUAGACGCCACAGAAUUUUUCGAUAGCUUGAACCUUCGUUGUCCGGCAACGUACAAUAGCGCCGAGUUCUACGUCUCGCAGUUGUCCAUCGUUCGGGGCAACGAGCUCGAAAGUUACCAAAAGGUGAAUUGGAUCUGCGAUCAAUACGGGAAAUCUAAAUACGGUCAGAGGGCGUCGAAGCUGAUCGAAUACUCUUGCUUGACGUCGUCGGAGUCGAACGAGCUUCCAUUGAUAUUCUCCGACGUCUCUCUAUCUCGAAAGGAUUUCAAAAAAGCACGUUGCUUCACUCAGCUACGUUGGCUCACGUGGAGGACGUACGUCGAUCAUAAAAGGAACUUGGCCUCUCAUGUCUUGCGAUUCAUAACGUAUAUGUUCAUAGGGCUGCUGAUUGCGUCGCCGUACGUGAACAUCACGGGGCAAGCGAUGAAUCAAGGUGGUAUACAGAACAUGCAGGGUCUUUUGUACUUGGUGGUAGUCGAGACCGUUUUCACGUUUAAUUACGCCGUUUUCUACACGUUCCCGCGCGAACUGCCGCUCUUACUACGUGAUAUAGCCAGCGGGCUUUACGGCCCCACGCCAUAUUAUAUCAGCAAAGUUAUCAUCUUGAUACCCGGGGCGAUAAUACAGCCGUUGCUCUACUCGGCUUUCAUAUUCGCGAUCACUGGACUGAAGGGUGGACUUUUAGGAUUCGUUUAUUUCACUCUGCCCGUUGUAGCCUGCGCCAUUUCAGCCUCCGCACUCGGUCUCGUCUUAUCGGCGUCGUUCAAAUCGGUCGACACGGCGUCGCUGUUCUCCGUCCCGUUGGAUUUCCUUGGCCUGAUGUUCUGCGGGAUUUACUUGCAUCUCGGACAUCUCGCACCGGGCAUCGCGUGGCUGAAAUAUCUGUCGCAAUUCUAUUACGGCCUGGAGGCGGUCUCGUUGACGCAAUGGCUUCUCAUCGAUCAUAUAAACUGCUCUUCGGACCCGGAGGAACCGUGUAUCUCCACUGGAUUGGGUGUCCUGGACAAAUACGGCUAUAAAGCAAAUCACUACACCACGGACAUAAUCGGUCUCCUGGCUGUAUUCCUCGUUAGCCAUUUGGCAGGUUUUGUAAUAAUCAGUUACAGAAGUCGAAAGGCACCUGUUUAUUAACGCGUUUUAUUUCUUAAUUAAUCAAUGGGUCGAGUCUUAUACUUGCACUCUAAUCGGUAACGAACGAUUUGUAUAUUUUAUUUAAUGCUCCUGCCAAACAGAAGUGUUCAUAGCGUGUAAGGUCUAUUACAAUAUUAAUUAGGUACACGUGUUUGUAUAUUAUUUUGUUAUUAAUGAGAGAAAUAAUGUGGA